UCUCUGUACUUAUGCAUUGUGAAGUGUCAGAUAUGUCACGGCCCGUGUGUUCUCUCCUCCCCUGCAGGGCUCUAAGGGAAUCACAAAGGUCGUCGGUGAAAGGAGAAGUGUAUCAUUUGACCUUUGACUCUGUCAUGGGCUAUGGUCACAAUGUAAAUAUUGGCCCGGGGUAAACACACCGGCACUGAGGCGGUAGCUGAGGAAUAUGUGUGUUCUGGCGUCGUGGCACUGAUGAUUAUACCUAUAGCUAGUGUUUCUGGGAGGGAGAUCCCGGCAGUGUGGUGCUUGAUGUGUGAUUUGAGGCGCGGUACAGGUGGAAUGGUGUCGAUACCUGUUGCUCGAGGUACGUACACGUGCGAGGCUGACUAGAGUGGACUGCACGGGUGUCGAGUUUACAGAGUUUACUGAUAACAGUCCUAACAGUCGGAUCAAUGCCUAAAGUUAACGUUCAUUAGUAGUCACAACUCCCUACGGCUCAGUACGGAGUUCUGUACGGGCCAAUCGAAAACGAUCCAGGCCAAUAUAAUGGCCAUACAGCUAUUGUGUUUUGAAGAAUAAUCUCUCUGAAGAUUCCACACGACGAUAUUGUGAUGAGUGGGUAGAAUCUUCAUUUAGAGGCUACACACGACAUUAAUACGAUGAAUGGGUACUACUAGGGUCAACGGGACAGUCAUGUGGAGACUCGAAGUAGUGUAAAAAGCUCCAUAUCAAUUGAGUGUAAAUGAAACUGACAUGGAAGAGAGAAAGAAAAGUAUGGAUUUUAUUGAUGAGUGUGUGGCUGAGCUACGACUUGAUGAUGACGUAACACACGAAUCUGGACAGGUAACAGCAGAUACGGCUGUUAAAAUGACAGAAGGCUCAAAAAUAAAUUCCACAAAGGUCGACGACAGCCCGGAGACUAAUGAUAACGUGUGCGGUGUAGAUGGUGAGGAGGUGAUCACUAAAACAGUAAAGAGUGCUAUUACGUUAACAUUGUCACCUGUCACAAAACAGUCGAGUGAGAAAAUCAAUCCAACUGGGAAUCCAAAGAACACAUCCUCGUGUUAUACCAUGGUUACAAAUCAUACUGGUUCCGAUCGACGUACUGAGAAUGGGCACCUUGAAACUGUGUGUCUACGGGAGGAAGUAACGCUGGCUGGUGAUGUGGACACUGCAUGUCCCGUAUGUGGGGACAGUUACAAGGACCCACGGGUACUACCCUGCCUCCACUCGGCCUGUCUACACUGUAUAUAUACCCUACGUAGUCCCGAUGGCCCAGGGGAACAGCUUCUGUUACACUGUCCUGUAUGUGCGGAAAACGUGGAAGCGUUUACAGACAUUGAUAACUUACCACCUAACACGCUGGUAUCUGUUAAAACUAAAAGUGUUAAAGGGAUAAAAGGGGAAAUUCGUAAACUGGUGUUAUGUGGAUUUUGUUGCGAGGAGGAGCGCGCAGUUGCCGUGGUUACGUGUGUCGACUGCGCGAGUGACUUGUGUCAGCUUUGCUCCGAUUCUCACAAACGUCAGAGGAGAACGAAGCAUCACCGUUUGGUGGGUAUAUCUACCACGGGAAUUACAGAACGCCAAGCAGACGACAGUUCAGGCACUUCAUAUGACGUCAUGACAUUACACCAACUCGUGCAAGAUGCCAAUCAUAAAAGAGACUAUAUCCAAAAAUGUAUUGACGAUAUUCCGUCAACAAGAAAAGAACUUCACGACAAUGCGCAUACAAUUACCAAAGAGAUAGACACGUUUAUAGAUUCUUUCGUCAGUGCUGUGGAACUUCACCGGAAGUCCCUGUUAAAACAAGUCGGUAAUAUUCUAAAGUCAAAAGAGACGAAGUUACAACUACACGAGGAGAAUCUGUGUCGGUUGCUUAGCAGCUUUGAGAAUGGCUGCAGCAUCGCGGACGAUUUGUCUGUGUACGGUACCGAAGGUGAAAUUGCCGCAUUGGAGACAACUGUAUCACUGAGAUUAAACAAGCUGAUGGACAUUUCGUCCAAGGAGUGCAUUCCCGUGGAAACAACAUUUACGUUUUGUCCAGAAAUAAAAGCAGAAGUUUUUGAUAACUUCCAAAUGUUUGGAAGUGUUCGGGGAUCACAAGUGUGUCCCAAUAAAUGCCACGUGACCACGCAAGACUUAACUGCCGCUCAAGUCGACAUUCCCACCACUGUGGCCUUAACAAUGCGGGAUAUAGAGGACACACCUUUCCCCGACCCCCCGGGACUCUGUGCUUGGGUGAGAUGUGGUAUGAACGGACAAAGACGUCUUGCCGUAACAAUGAGAGGACGCAGUGACGCCACCUAUGACCUGACCUUUACUCCCCAACAUCCGGGUCCACAUCAACUGUUUGUCAAAGUCAACAAACAAGACAUACUGGGUAGUCCAUUCAAAUUUGACGUGAAAUCAAAAUGGCGGGAACAUUCGGGUACUUGGCAUUGCUGCUCGUUCUGCUCCUCAGCAGGGAAGAUGGACGUCUCGUGUGGAUGUGGAUCGAUCGUCAGAGGGUCCCGAGGAUGUUGGCAUGCACAUCCUGGAUAUCCCGGAGGGCCGCACUGGACGUGUUGUGGUAAAAUGUCGAGACCAUCCGAGUGUAUUUAUGCAAUAACUAAAAACGACACAAAUGUGCUGGAAGUAACUUUGUAGUAAGGAAUAUAAUUCAUACAUGUGUGCGAGGGAAGGUGUGUGAGGG